AUGCAUUCCAACGUAUGGAUAUUUUCUCUCCUAUUACGUCUCUUCAUUUGGAAUUCCUUACCGGAAAAGUCAUCCGGAAACGAGCUGCAUCCUCUCAAUCAACUAGAUGCCAUGAAUAGGAUUGCCACAAGUGCUGAUAUGCGUCAGUAUUUGAUUGAGAGACUUUCGAAAUUAAAUCAAAUAUACAAUUUGAACUGGUAUCAAGAGGAAAUAAUAAUGUCCGCAAACAUGGGCAACCAAAGCGACAGAAGCUGUUUUCGUGAUUACGCCUUGAUUGUUCGUGCCCUUGCAAGAGGUCAAACUUGGCCAUUUCAGUUCGUGGAUGCGUCUGGUAAAAUGCCUCCGGGAAUGAGUGGAGGUUCCCUUACAUGGAUGGGGAGUUAUGAAAUGUGCAAUUUGAUCAAUGCUGACGUAAAUGGUGACCAAAUCAGGGGAAGAUAUUGCAAUGUUAGAAUACCGAUUGUGAUGGAUGAUCCGGAAAUUGCAGUGCCUAUAGGCCUCACAAUGGCUUUGUGCGUUCCGGACUCAUGUACCACGGAAGAUGCUAUCAAACUAGCGGAGAGAAGUAACCAAAACAUUUGUUUUUACUUCCAGUGUUUUAUCUCCCCGGAUUCAAGGUUGACUACAACUAUUCCUAUUGCCACGAAAGACACGGAAGUUUGGAAAAGGAUACGUGGUUUAUCUGCGCCGUGUAUGACUGUCGGUGCUUUCGUCGGAACGCUGCUACUGUUGGGUUCCCUGGUCGACUUCUUCCUCUACCAGAGGUGGCAACGCGUGUAUGCAUAUAAUCAUGUGGAUGACCUGCAACAGUUUAUACGCGCAAAUAUGCUUGCGUCAAACACUGAGGAGAUACAGAACGUUCACACUGGCCUGUCAUCAUCCUCUAGCAGUGGUAUUGGUCACUCCGAUAUGACGAUGGAACAUUUGCGCAGCCAGUGCUUAUCAGAACAAUCCAUUAUCCCAGACUAUAAAACAUACCGGGCUGAAUUUUUCCGCAAAUACUGUUUAUGUGGUGGAUUUUUACUCGCGUUUUCGCUACCCUAUAACAUCUACAAUCUGUGGAAUACACAACCGGCACAAAUUCGUGACGAGCAUGGGAUACUACGAUCUCAUCCGUUAUUGCACGUGGACGGGAUCCGGGUGAUCACUAUGGUGUGGAUUAUGUUUGUGCAUGUGCUCACCUAUCAGACCUACUUCAGUGCGCAAGUUAGAUAA